CUUCCUCUCCGCUCUCUGGCAGUACAGGAGUCAGCCAAGCUUAGCUAGUCGAUCGAUCUUCCGAGUAGGAGGUGGCCGGCAGCCAUGGCGGCGAUGCUCAAGGUCUACGCCGACCGCCUCUCGCAGCCCUCCCGUGCCCUAAUCAUCUUCUGCAGGGUGAACAAGCUCGAUUUCGAGGAGGUGACCGUCAAUCUGGGCAAGGGCCAGCACCGCACCCCAGAGUUCAAGAAAAUCAACCCAAUGGGCCAAGUCCCGGCGAUUGUUGAUGGAAGAUUCAGACUCUUCGAAAGCCAUGCUAUCUUGAGGUAUCUUGCGACGGUCUUCCCUGGAGUUCCAGAUCACUGGUAUCCUGUGGACUUGUUUACUAGAGCAAAAAUCGAGUCCAUCUUGGAUUGGCAUCACUCAAAUUUACGCCGUGGUGCAGCAACCUUUGUACUGCACACUGUAUUGGGUCCUUCUCUUGGUAUGACACCAAAUCCCAAGGCUGCAAAAGAGGGUGAAAACCUGCUGGUGAGGUCACUGAAAACAAUUGAAUCUGUAUGGCUCAAAGGUGACACAAAAUUCUUAAGUGGCAACCCCCAGCCAUCAAUCGCGGACCUCAGCCUAGUGUGCGAGAUAAUGCAGCUGGAGCUGGUGGGUGACGAGAGGCGUGACAGUAUCCUGGGACCUCGUGAGAAGAUUGGUGCUUGGAUGGAGAACGUGAAGAAGGCCACGAGCCCCCAUUUUGAGGAAGCACACGAGCUCAUCUUCAAAAUGAAGGCACGCUUGUCCGCCGAUCGCAUCAAGACAGUGUCCAAGCUCUGAACAGUUUCAUACCUUGUUGUCUGCAAACUAAGAAUAAAACAUGAAGUAAAGCUUUUCCUGUGGUGUUUCAGCACUGACGGAUGCAUACAUUGAUUUGACCAUGCUACAAAGCAAAAAGGGUGGUCCUUAACCCUUAAGUAUUCCACUGAAUCUAGCUGCUAUGCCGAGCUCCACCGUGCUUCUUUACACCACCACCAGAAAAGUAAAUAUGAAUCACUCUUUUCCACAGAUGUAAUUGUUAAGUUGAUGUAGUACUUGGAAACAUCAGUCAGAGGUAUGUAAUUCCUUCUUUGACAGAAGAACAAACAUUUAAAUUUUGCUUCUAUUA